AAAAGGUCAGAUAAAGCAUAGGAACCCUCACAAAGCGGGGGGUGAGGGCGGAUAACCACAAACACAGGGACGCAUCUUCAAUACAGGACAGUGUUGUCUGAGAGGCAGAAACUUGGAUGUCCAUUCUGAGCAGUUUAUCUUAUUGGAUAUAAGAUUUUUAGAGGAAGGUAAAGGUCGCUGUGGCGCUUUGACAGACUUGAUAGAAUCAACAAAUUGCCUUCAUUUGGCCAUCAUGAAUGGAGAAUCACCAAACCAGGAGAAAGAAACGACCUGCCAGUCAGACACCACCACCACCACCACCAAGCCAGAUGAGCCAGGCCUGUAUGUGUGUAAAGACUCAGAGAACACAGCAGAAGGUCAGAGGGCAACUGAUGUUGCAGAGAGCGAGGAGGCAGAAAAAGGCCAAGAUAAAGCCAGCGCCGAAGAUACAAAUGAGACGCAGAACGUCUCGGAGCCUGCCGAAGAGGCGGGACAAGAUAAAGAGACGGCGUCAGCGGUCGAUGACGUGAAGGGAGCCGAUGUGACAACAGAGGAACGCGAUGGGACAGGAGACGUGGAGGAGGAAGACAAGAGAGAGGAGCGGGGGAAUGAGAUGCAGAAUCGAGAAAAUGGGAACGUCAAGGAGGAGAUCAAGGAGGGGGAGGGAAGAAAGGUAGAGAACCAAGGAGAAGAUGUUAAAAACAACAAAGCAAAAGAAACUGAGCGGGACAAAGAGGUGACCGACAAUAAAAAGGUGAAGGAGACAGAGAAACAAGCGAAGCCCAAGAGAAAGGGGGGCCCUCCCUCCUCCUCUAUCUCUCGACCGAGGCCCUCUGCACGCUCCAUUAGGGCGUCCAAUAGAACUGAUAUUAUUGCCAAGUUCCAGCAAGGUGCACCAGAGACACCGAUAGCUCGCAAUUUCAAAAUUCAGAAGUCCUCUACGGCCGCGGCGACAGGAGCUUCAAUCAAGCAGAAGAUUCUUCAGUGGUGCCGCAACAAGACGCGCAAAUAUGAGGGUGUAAAUAUUGAAAACUUCUCAUCGUCCUGGAGUGAUGGGCUGGCGUUCUGCGCGCUAAUCCAUCGCUUCUUUCCCGAAGCCUUUGACUACAGCUCACUGAAACCAGACAAGAGGGAGGAGAACUUCACUUUGGCUUUCCAAACAGCAGAGUCCCUGGCUGACUGCUGCCCCCUGCUGGAAGUGUCUGACAUGCUCAUGAUGGGCAAGCACCCAGACCCGAUGUGUGUGUUCACCUACGUGCAGUCCCUGUGCCACAGCCUCUCCAAAAUAGAGAAGGAGAGGAAGGAGAAGGAAGAGAAGGCCGGAGGCGCGAAAGAGGAAGGCAAUGACAUAGCAGGACAGGAGGCAUGUGUUGACUGUGAGAAGACGGAGAACCAAGAGGAGAACCAAGAGGAGAACCAAGAGGAGAACCAAGAAGAGAACCAAGAAGAGGGCAAAGAGACGAAAGGAAACGAGGAAGUGGAAGAUUGUCCAACGACGAGCCAGGAUGAAGAAGCCAAGGGAGUUUCGGCUGAGGCAGAGACUUAGAACAAAUCCGACGGAAAGCUUAAAAGACUGAGAAGAAUGAAAAUGGUUGUUGACGGUGACGUAGUUCAUUCAGUGCUGCAAAAGGCGGUCCCAAUUUUGAUGCAUGUUUCAAAUGUAAUGAAUUUUGAGUUUGUUUGUUUUUUCACUCAUUUAUCACUUUUGUUUUGAGCACUCUCCAAAGAAAUAAUGUUGCCAUAAUGUGUGUAAAUAAAAAUAAAAACUAAGAUGAUUAAAAAAGGA